UGAGAGUCCAAAGGGGUUCAAACGAAGGUCACUGGACUUCUUUGGUUUCUUGAAGACACUUCACGUCUCGUCCGAGGAGCUUUUGCUCCCCAGACAGCAAAUGAAGGGUUAGGGUUAUGUGCUGGAUGAUUACUGGUGAGUGGGAACCCCCCCACCAGCAUACCGCCAGUGAGAAGAUGACCUUCCAUGUUGUUCUGUCUUGUCAGGUCGGCUCUGGAGCUCAGGAGGAGGAGAGGAUGGAGCCACUGAAGGAAAACAUCUCCUCACACACAUUUUUCAUUUUCAGUGGCUUCACUGAACUUGGAGCCCUGAGGCCCCUCUUCUUCGCCCCCCUCCUCGUCCUGUUCGUUGUGUCGCUGUUUGCCAACACCCUGCUGCUGCACGUCAUCAUUUCACGGAGGAGCCUCCACUCGCCCAUGUACAUCCUCAUCGGCGGCAUGGCGGGCGUCGACCUGAUCCAGCCGAUGCUCGUCCUCCCCACCCUGAUGCUCAGCAUCGUCUCUGACCAAAGGGGGGUCUCUCUGAGUGGCUGUUUGGUUCAGAUGUAUUUCGUUCAGUUAUUGGGAACCUGUCAGUCCACCCUGUUGCUCUGGAUGGCAUUGGACCGCUACUUUGCCAUUUGCACACCGCUCUACUACCACGAGCGCAUGUCGGUACGCAGGUUCCUGAAGUUUGUGGUCCUGUUUCUGGUCAGGAACGUGUUCCUGGUCUCAGUGGUGGUGAGCCUGGCAGGAAGGUUGUCCUUCUGCUCCAGUCAUGUGAUUAAUCACUGCUUCUGCGAGCACAUGGCGCUGGUGGAGCUAGCCUGUGGGAGCACCUCCAUCAACAGUCUGGUUGGGCUGGUAGCCGUGUUCCUCGUCACCGUGUUUGACUUCUUCAUCGUGAUCUCGUACAUGCUCAUCUUCCACUCAGCGCUGCGUUCGGGUAAAUCUGGAGCUAAAGCUCUUCACACGUGCACCACUCAUAUCAUCGUCAUGGUGGUGGGUCUGACCUUCGUCCUGACUGCGUUCCUGUCGUAUCGACUGGGGAACCGUCUUCCGGGAGCCGGUCGGGUUUCUGUCAGCAUCAUGUACCUGUUCCUUCCCAGCUGUUUCAACCCCAUCAUCUACGGCGUCCGAACCACAGAGAUACGGCAACACAUCCUGAAGAUGCUGUCGUCGUCUCGACCCGUCUGA